AUGCAAGGAAAUUACGAAGUCUCCGCCAAAGAUGGUUACAAAUCUAUCAAGGCUGAUGCACAAGCUCGGUGCGGUAAGAUCAGGAGGGACGUAAAAUUAGUUGUUAAAGCAACACCCCGCGAACUGGAAGCACUCAUCGUUGCAAACGCACCGGACGCGGAGAAACUGAAGAAACUGGAGAUCAAGAUCGACAGCAAGAAACGUGAAUUUAAAUUCAAACUGGAUACUAACCCAACUCACGUGAGAUUAUUGGUCAACACACCGUUGGUCAAAGUCCAUGAGUUGGAAGGUACAAUGCUCUUCCGCAGUCGCAACAGCGAAGAAGGUGACAUGUACUUCAUCAUUUUUGAUAGAAAACCAGUCCUACUGCAUGCGGAAGUCAAAGACUACAAAUAUUAUGAAAUCCAGUCUGGGUAUAGUGGUGAGUAA